CUUUUAUAUCAUCUUUUUGUUCAGCAGUCAAUUCCAUUUUUGGUACACCUCUUUUUCUAGUUCCAAUUGUAGUUUGUCUUCUAGAAGUAGAAGCCUAAAGUAAAAUCAGAAACAUAUAUAAAAUUUUCAAGAACAUAAAAGGAUUAUUAAAUCAAAAGGAUCGAAGUUCAACCAUUUGAAGGUUUAUUUUAUGGAAUAAACAACAGAGAGCGUGACGUAUCAAUUGCAAAGGAAUAUUUUGUACAUAAAAUGUAUGAACCAGUGGUUUUAAAAAAGAAACAACCACGAACUAUCGCUAGAACUCCGGCUGGUAAAGCGUUUAUAGUCACAACUUUAAUAAAAAUUCUUAUUCCUGCUGCAAUCUUCUAUGUACUUGGUGAAUCUACAGUAAAUAGAAAAAGACUUAUUGCUGAACUUGAAGAAGGUUAUCGUAAUAGAAAAAAGACUUUAUAUGAAGAAUAUAAGGAAACACAGGACUUCUGGAAUGCACCAAUAUAUAGGAAUAUUGUUUCGCAUGUACUUACGAAAGAAUCACAAAAAUUAUUAAAUACUGACAACUCUAACUCACCUUCAGAACAAGUUAAAGCCAAUAAUUAAUUGGUUUGUACAUCAAGACAUUUUAUUAAAAAAUAUACCUAAGAAAAUAGAAUUUCUUAUAUAUCAUUUUUGAGAAACAUAAAAUGAAUGGACAGCUUGAAAAAAAAAAACUUUUAUAUGAUAUAUCUGUUUUGAAUGAAGAUGACAGUAUAUUAGAUUUUAAAAGCCCAGAACAAUCUCCUAAAGCAAAUCCAACUGAAUUCAGUCAUUGCAACUUACAUCAGAAAAAAAAAACAGCUGUAAAAUUCAAGAAUUCUGUUAAAAAUCACAAAGGAGAAAAGUAUAGACAACAGCCUGAGAGAAAAAGAAGUUCACAACAGCCUUCGAUAGAAUCAUCAUUUUUUAAACCUAAAACUAACUGUGAUGAUUCCUCUACUGAUGUAAAAGUAGCUCUUGUAUGUCCUUUAUGUUUUAAAACAUUUAAAGAUCUCAACUCUCGUUCAUUACAUAUGAAGAUUUGUGCAUUCAAGAAUAAUAUUACCACGAAAAAAUUAUUAGAUGCCAUUGAACUCCAAAAGCGACAAGAGAAUGAAAGAAAAUCAUUAGGUUUGCUUGUUGCACCUGUAGUACAAGAUAAAAAGAAACCAACUCCAUCAUGUAGAAAAAAUUUAUGUGAAGAAACUGAUCUUCAACUUGCAUUAGCAUUAUCAAAAUCUCUUCAGGAAGCAGAAGAAUUAGAUAAAAUUAAUGAAAUUGAAAGUUUACCUAAAGUAUUAAAUCAAUUUGUACCAGAAAUAAAUAAAUCAGUUUACGAAGGGCAGUUGGAAAAAUUUGGAUUCGCAAACAGUAAACCCCCAUCAUUAAUAAAAAAUAGAAAGAGAAAGAAUAAUGAAAGAACUUUACUUCAAACACGUUCUCAAGAAGAGAGAAAUCAUAUUUUAACUGAAAAAAUUUCAGAAAUUCUAAUGGGAAAUGAACCAGUUACUCAAAAUGAAAAUGAAGCCAUUAAGUGUAAUCGUAUGAUUGAAAAAAAAAAUAAUCUAAAAAGUCGUUCUCUUCAGGAAUUUUGUAAUAAGGAUGAAAAAUUAUGGAAUAAAGCUAAGCUAUCUUCAGAUCAAAAGUGUUUUUACAUAUUAAGUUUAUCAAAUUAUAUAACUCCAGAAAGAAAACAAGUAAAAGAAGAAACAAUUUUAGAUUUUGCAAAUACAUGCAACAUCUACGAUAUGGAAUUAAGUCAAACAAAGCUCUGCAAUUAUAGUAAAAAAAUAUCUGAAAUAUCGCAUACAGAAGCAUGCUUUGUAAAUGAAAAAUGCGAAAAUUAUCAAAAUAUACAGUUUACUGAUACCAUAAUAACAAACUGGAGUAAUACAUUAAAUGAUAGUUCUGCAAGUGAUAUAAUAAUAUUCGUUAACAACGAUAAAUAUAUUUGGGCACAUAAAUUAGUUCUCUAUGUACAGUGUUCAAAUAUACUACUUGAUGUAACACCUAAUGAUACUUUAUUCUUUACUAAAAUUAAGGAAAAAAUUUCGUGGGGAAAUAUAUCUUAUAAUAUCGCUUUAGCAUUUUUGGAAUUUAUUUAUUGUGGAAUUAUAAAAAAAUAUUUAGACGUUUUGGAUGAUUUAGCAAGUUUUCCAUUUUUAAGAAAUCUAGCAAGGAAAUAUAAAGUAACAAAAUUAUUUGUUUUCCUAGAAAAGAAAGAAGUUGAAAUUAAACAAAUGAAAAGUCAAACGCAUAGUAAACGGGACCAAGAACUACUUUCUAAGGAUAAAGAUAACUUGGAAUUAACUAAUAAUAAUAUACAAAAUGUAUUCUAUGACAUUAAAGAUUCCAAAUUGGAUGAUGAUGAAAAAUUAAAUAAGUGUCACUUAGAUAAGUACAUAAAUAAACCAGAUUUUGUUGAAAUAGAAUUGAGAAAAGAUACGUGUACAGAUAAAUUAUUGCAAGAAGAAAUUAUCUGUUUAAGUGAUACAAAUACUAUUCGAAAUACUAAUACAUCUCCUGAUUUAUUUGAUGAUAUCAAUAAUAUAACACAGAGUGAAGUAAUAAAGAAGAAAACAAAAUAUGUUAAUAAAGUCAUAAAUAGUAAAAAAGCAAAAGAUAAUGAAAGUUCUAGUUUAAUUGGCUCAGUUAAUCAAGUAAUGAUUGAUCCUGCUAACAUUUCUACAUCUGGAAAUACAAUAUUUAAAAGUACUGAACAAGAUAUAAAUUUAUUUUCAGAUACAACCUAUUUUGCUACACCAAAAAAAGAUCGUUCAAAUAUACUAGGGUUAAAAAGUAAUCUUAGUAUAUUUAUUGAACAAGUUCAAAAAGAAAAUGCAAGAUCAGACUCUGAUAUAGAUUCUGAUGUUUCAGUAUUACCAACAUAUUCUAAGUUAUACAGAAAUCCAUUCAAUAUCGGACAAAAUGAUUCUCUCAAGGACACUAUUAUAAAAGAAACAUUUAAUGCAAAAAGCGAUAUUUUAAGUAUAUUUGAUUGUAAUACAACUUCUGAAUCAGGUAUCAAAAUGUCAUAUGAAGAAAAUAAUUCAGAUAUAUGUCAUAGUUUUGAGUCAAUAGAUAAUAUAAGUCAAUCGUCUGGAUCUAAUGUAGAAAAAUGUGCAAAGAGGUGUAAGAAUAGUUCAAUAAACAAAAGUAUAAAUAAUGCGCACAAGGAUCUACAAGAUGAAGUAAUACAUUCCAUAUCUGAAGAAAAUGAAAAUGAAAAUAAUGUAUUAUCAGAUUCUAAUACAGAUUCUAUUGCAGAAAAUGAAAUAUCUAUGUACUCAAGGUACAAAAAAGGACAUGAAAAUAAUAGUAUAGUAAAAUAUCGAAAUUUUAUACAGAAACAUAUAUCAAAAAAUAACGUAAAAGCUAAUAUAACAUAUGAUGAAUACCAAGAAAAGAACAAUAUAGGCAAUGAUAUUUUACUAUUAGAUAUAGACAGAGACUCAGAAUUUCAAAUAAGUCAGAUAAAAAAAUGCGAUGAGAAUGAAGAUGAAACAAAAAAAAUAAUUUCUGAUUUUGAAGAGGAUAAAGAAAUAUCUCAGCAAAAUCUGUGUAAUUUUAACAACGAGUACGAUACAUUCGAUGAGAAUAAUUACUUCUUUACAAAUGCCGAAUCUUUAAAUACUCAUAAAGAUGUUCUUAAAGACCGAAGAUUGAAUAAUUCUAAUAAAUUAAGAUACAGUAAAUCAGAAAGUAAUAUAGAUUUACAAGCAGUUAAAACAAAUUCAUGCACAUCAUUAGAAUCAAGUACAAAUAACUAUAAUUCAAUAGAAACCUCAAUAUUGGUAUGUUCCAGUCCUGAAUUAGAUUAUAAUGUCUUGGAGAUACAUAAAUGUGAAGAAAACAAGAGAAAUACAAGUGGUUCAUAUUGCAAAAAUUCUGAAGAUAAUAGUCAUGUUUUUGAAAAUGAUACUUAUUUAGCAAAUGCUUACAUUGAUAAUAGUGAUGAUAAUAUUAAUACUCCAUUGUUUACCAACAAAGUAAAUCAAUUAGAAAAAUUCAAGAGUAAUGGAAGAUCAUUAAGUACAAAAAAAUAUAGUAGAAAAUUUCAAAGAAAAUCACUAUCAGAAACAAGUUUACGUAUUGAUACAAGACAUACUAAGAAUGAUAUACCUGAAUCUUAUAAUAAUUCUCAAUGUAUAUGUAAUUAUAAAGAAAAGUUGAAGGCAAUUACGUCACCUGAAAUUAUUCGAGAUAGCAUCACUCCUCCUCCUAAUUAUAAUGACAUGAAAACAUCUGAACUUCAGAUGGAAUUAAAUAAAUAUGGAUUGAAGAUACAGAAACGGAAAAGGGCAGUAAAAUUGUUAACAUACAUUUAUAAUGAAUUGCAUCCUACAAUUAAUACUUCAAAGGACAUAGAAUCUGAAUUGACAAUAAUAAGUAGUGAAGAUGAUGAACCACCAAUGAAAAAAACAAAUAAUAAAAAGGAUGAUGUUGAUUGUAUACAUAAUUAUGAAUCUCAAUUAACAUCCUUCCCCAUAAAUGCAGAUAAACAAUUAUCAAUAAAUACAAUUGACGAAAUAAAUCAGUUUGAUGAACCUGAAUUUACUCCAGUAAUUGAUAAUGCAUCAAAUAUUAAAGACAUGCUUUUAAAAUUUCUUACUGCUAGAACUGAACUAUAUAAUAAAAUUUUGGCUUAUGAACCAAUAUGCAUUAAUUCUUUGCAUUCUAUGUUAAAGACAGAAGGUUUCAAAUGCAGAAUGAGUACCCUUAUGGAUUUUUUAGAUGAACAGGUAUCUUCCUAUUUUUUUUUAAAGAAGAUGUGAAAUAUUGAAUUACAUU